AUGGCCACCUCGACGAGCAGCAGCGCCUGCGUCUGCUUCCCAGACGCGCCCUACACGCAGUGGGCCGCCCUCCGCGCCGCUCAAGACAUCCUCGCCCCGCAAGGCUGGACCGUCAUCGACGGCUGCCCUGCCCCGUCGUCGUCGUCGUCUUCCUCCUCCCCUACGCCUUCCGCGUCUUCUGCAACGAUACCGGAGGUGCCGACGGGCCAGUCCCUCUACCUGGCCGACUACGAUCUCCUGCCAUUCGAAGACCUCCUGCCAGGGUCCGGGAGCAGCGCGGCGCAAUGUUCGAGCUACGUGAUCCGAAAGGCGCUGAUACGCAAACACUACCUCGCCUCGGCGCUACACGCCUUUCGCGUCAAACGGCGCGGUGCCGAUGCCGAAGCGGGGAGCGUCGACGAAGAUCCGACGCCGCGCACCUGGGCGUUUGAGAUCCAGUUUGCCGACGAGCUCGACGAGCUCCUCGUCGACGAUCUGUACGACCUUGCACAGAUCCUCGAUGCCAACGCGCGCAUCCUCGACGAGCGCGGAGACGCGGACGCGGAUGCCGAGGACGUACAGUGGUUCAUCCUCAAGCCCGGCAUGGCGGAUCGCGGGAACGGCAUCAGGCUGUUUGCCACUGCCCAGCAGCUGCUCGAGAUCUUUGAAGAAUUCGAGCCGGAUAGCGAUGACGAGGAUGAUGACGAGGAGGCGGCAGAUGACGGCGAUGAGAGGGAGGUCGGGUACGCCGGCAAGGACACAUCAGUCCUGACGAGUCAGCUGCGUCACUUUGUCGUCCAGGAGUACCUCUCAUCUCCCCUGCUGCUCGACCCACCGUCCACGCCCGACCUCGACGGUGCGCUCUCCUCUCUUUCCCUCUCCGCCUCUCCCCCGUCUCCGCCUGGCGCAGGGCGCAAGUUCCACCUACGCGCCUACGUCCUAUGCGUUGGCUCCCUCCGCGUGUACCUGCACGAUUCGAUGCUGGCGCUCUUCGCCCCGCUGCCCUACGUCCGCCCGACAAGGGAGACAAUGACGGACCUCCGACCGCACCUGACCAACACGUGUCUGCAGUCAGACGGCAGCCUCGCCAUGGGCGACGCCGGCCGGCCCAAGGAGGAAAACGUGUGGCUCUGGGACGAUCUGGUCGGCUGUCCCAUCGGCGACGGCGGUGCCCCGACGACGGCGAGGAGGAGGUUGACGGAAGAGGAUGUCCGGUCCGUCAAGGCCAAGGCGGUCCGCGUCAUCGGCACUUCGUUUGAGGCGUGCGCAAAGGCCGGCGCGGUGCACUGGCAGAUGUGGCCCAACUCGUUCGAAAUCUUUGGCGUCGACCUGCUCGUCGAACACCGUCCUGCCGUCCCCGGUGCACAGCGGGGAGCACACGACGCGAUGGACGUCAAGCUGCUCGAGAUCAAUGCGCAACCCGAUUUCGCGCAGACGGGUAAACGGUUGAGCGCGACAAUCGACCACCUCUUUCGUCGUACGCUCCAAAUCGCCGUGCUGCCCUUCCACCGCGCCCGGGCGCAGCAAACAUCGUCCGCCGCGGCAUCGACAACCGCAUCGCACGAAAACGACGACGACGAGGGGUGGAAUGUGGGCGAGUCUCGCGACGGUACGACGCUCUGCUUUCGUCAGUCCCUUCAAAAGGCUUGGUAG